AUGCAUAGGCUUAAGGCCAGCUCUCCACCUGCCUUCCAGGCCACCUCUCCACCUGCCUUCCAGGCCACCUCUCCACCUGCCUUCCAGGCCACCUCUCCACCUGCCUUCCAGGCCACCUCUCCACCUGCCUUCCAGGCCACCUCUCCACCUGCCUUCCAGGCCACCUCUCCACCUGCCUUCCAGGCCACCUCUCCAGCUGACUGCCAGGCCACCUCUCCAACUGCUUUCCAGUUCAUCUCUCCAACUGCUUUCCAGUUCAUCUCUCCAACUGCUUUCCAGUUCAUCUCUCCAACUGCUUUCCAGGCCAGCUCUCCAACUGACCAUAUCUAUCCAAGCCACCUCUCCAGCUGCCUUCCCGGCUACCUCUCCAACUGCCUUCCCACCCACCUAUCCAGCUACCUUCCAGGACACCUCUACUACUGCCUUCCAGGCCCCUCUCCAACUGCCUCCCAGGCCACCCCUCCAGAUGCCUCCCAGGCCUGCUCUCCACCUGCCUUCCAGGCCACCUCUCCAGCUGACUUCCAGGCCACCUCUCCGGCUGACUGCCAGGCCACCUCUCCGGCUGACUGCCAGGCCACCUCUCCGGCUGACUGCCAGGCCACCUCUCCGGCUGACUGCCAGGCCACCUCUCCGGCUGACUGCCAGGCCACCUCUCCAGCUGCCUUCCAGGCCACCUCUCCUACUGCCUUCCAGGCUACCUCUCCAGCUGCCUCCCAGUUCAACUUUCCAACUGCCUUCCAGGUCAUCUCUCCAGCUGCCUCCCAGGUCCUCUCUCCAGCUGCCUCCCAGGUCACCUCUCCAGCUGCCUCCCAGGUCACCUCUCCAGCUGCCUCCCAGUUCAUCUCUCCAGCUGCCUCCCAGUUCACCUCUCCAGCUGCCUCCCAGUUCAACUUUCCAACUGCCUUCCAGGCCAGCUCUCCAGCUGCCUUCCAGGAAUGUGACUUUGCACCCUCACUUAUCACUGGUCGUCCUGCUCCAGCUGACACACUGGUCUUGCCAGCUGACUUCCAGCUCACCUCUCCAACUGUCUUCCAAGCCACCUCUCCAACUGUCUUCCAGGCCACCUCUCCAACUGUCUUCCAGGCCACCUCUCCAACUGUCUUCCAGGCCACCUCUCCAACUGUCUUCCAGGCCACCUCUCCAACUGUCUUCCAGGCCACCUCUCCAACUGCCUUCCAGGCCACCUCUCCAACUGCCUUCCAGGCCACUUCUCCAACUGCCUUCCAGGCCACCUCUCCAACUGCCUUCCAGGCCAACUCUCCAACUGCCUUCCAGGCCACCUCUCCACCUGCCUCCCAGGUCUCUUCUACAGCUUAUUUCCAGGCCAUCUCUCCAACUUCCAUCCAUGCCCCCUUUCCAGCUGCCUUGCAGGCCACCUCUCCAACUGCCUUCCAGGCCACCUCUCCAACUGCCUUCCAGGCCACCUCUCCAACUGCCUUCCAGGCCACUUCUCCAACUGCCUUCCAGGCCACUUCUCCAACUGCCUUCCAGGCCACAGCUCCAACUGCCUUCCAGGCCACCUCUCCAACUGCCUUCCAGGCCACUUCUCCAACUGCCUUCCAGGCCACUUCUCCAACUGCCUUCCAGGCCACCUCUCCAACUGCCUUCCAGGCCACCUCUCCAACUGCCUUCCAGGCCACCUCUCCAGUCACCUCACAGGAAAACUCCCCACAUUUAUUCAACGUCGCCAUGACAUCGCCUACAAGUGUGAUCGGAGAGAAGCCGUCUUAG